ACUAUAAUAAUGCUCCAGGGAACUUUUUCUAAGCACAUACAAUGUAAAAAUUAGUUUUAAAAAAAACCCAGAUAUUCAUCUGUUUAAGAGGCAAGAUGGCGACAGGUGGCAGAGCAGAGGAAGAUCUGCAGCAGGGCCGCCUGCAGAUGCUGCUCCCCGCGCAGCCUAUGGCCCAGGCUGAGGAAGCCCAGGGCACAGGAGAGAAGAUGGGCUGGGCGCAGGUAGUAAAGAACCUGGCGGAGAAGAAGCACGACUUUCGUGAGCCUUGGCGGGGAGUAGGAAGGGGCAGAGGUGCGGGUGUCAGGCUGGGCAGCCCCGCGGGCCUGGCCGCUCCGAACCCCGGCAACUUCCCACCUGCGGGCCGCGGGGACCCCAGGGGCUGCACUAGAGACCCUGCGGGCUACGCGGCAGAAGCUUGCAGGAUGCAGGGAGCCGGAGACGCGAAUCAGAGGAGGAUGGCCGAGGUGGCGGCGGCAGCGGCAGCAGCGGCAGCGGCGGCCAUGGCGUCCCCCGCCAGGCCCAUUGCGACCAAAGACGCAAUUGCAGGGCGACCACUGCAGGAUGAGCCUCCAGCCGCCAGGCCGGGUAAGGGCCGCUUCCUUGUGCGCAUCUGUUUCCAGGGAGAAGAGAGUGCCUGUCCGACCCGGGAUUUCGUGGUGGGCGCGCUCAUCCUGCGCUCCAUUGGCAUGGAUCCUGGGGACAUCUAUGCUGUCAUCCAGAUCCCUGGCAGCCGCGAGUUCGAUGUGAGCUUCAGAUCUGCAGACAAGCUUGCCCUGUUUCUCCGCAUCUAUGAGGAAAAGCGGGAGCUGGACGACUGCUGGGAGAACUUUGUCCUGUUGGGGCGGAGCAAGCCCAGCUUGAAGACCCUCUUCAUCCUCUUCCAGAAUGAGACCGUGGAUGUGGAGGAUAUCGUGACCUGGCUCAAGCGCCACUGCGAAGUGCUGGCCUUGCCAAUGAAAGUGACUGACAGGUUUGGGAUCUGGACUGGGGAGUACAAGUGCCAGAUUGAGCUGCACCAGGGGGAGGGCGGGCUGAAGCACCUGCCUGGGGCCUUCUUCUUGGGAACGGAGAGGGGCUACAGUUGGUACAAGGGGCAGCCCAAGACGUGCUUCAAAUGUGGUUCUCCGAACCACAUGACCGGCACCUGCACGCAGGAGAGGUGUUACAGGUGUGGAGAAGAGGGCCACAAGAGCCCUUACUGCCGGAAGAUCAUCAUGUGCAACCUCUGUGGCAAGAGAGGACACGUGUUUGCCCAGUGUCCCAAAGCAGCUCAAAAUUCCGUGGCAGAUCACCUCACAGGCAUGGCGGGGCACUGAAUGUGUGUCUGCCUGCCGGGGUGAACACACAGCCAUCUUACCCUUCUCAAGUGCCAAAACCUUUUUUUUUUUUUUUUUUUUUUUUUUUUUUUUUUUUUUAAAGAUCAUUUUUCUCUUUUUCGACGGAGAUUAUUUCUAAAACUCAACAGAGACAUUCUCUCUAUGCCUUUUAAAACCACGUGUGCUCCUUUUCAGGCUGUUUAAAAAGAACUAUUCAGAACUGUAGUGUGCAGACUAUUCAGAACUGUCCUCCCCCACCACCACCUUUUUUCUUCCGUUUUACAUUAGUUUUGGUACUUUCUUCAACACCCUGUCUGCCUCUGUACUAUUUGCUAACUCCCUCUUCAUCCAUGUCUCAUCAGAAGAUGUUUGCUCUUUGGGCUGCCUUGCUCAUUUUAUGCCUCAUCCCUGGGUACAGGGCCCAAAGCGGAAAAGGCAUUCACCUAAGUGUUUAUUGAAUCGAAAAUGUUGUCGAUUAGCUGUCUAGAGUGCCUACCUUGUGCAGCUUUCCGCUGGGCUCUUUCCAUUUGUGGCUUCUAUGUGAUAUGAAAAUUUGUGAAAACAGUGUUGCUGGAAGUGUGUAAUCCAAAUAAGCUCUGAAAAGUGGCCAAGGGCCUCUCGAAGCAUUUAAACCUAUCUCCCUUGUGACAGCUCCUUCUGGCUCUGAAGCCUUAUUUCUAUAGAAGCUUGGAACCUAGGCAGUUCUUCUAGGAAAGAACCAAGAGGUGUUUUUUGUUGGAUUUUCUUUGGGGGAGCUUGCUUUUGUUUUGUGUAUUGAUUUGAGACAGGGUCUUACUGUGUAGCCCUGACUAGCUUGCAUUCCUGAACCAGGCUGCCUUCAAACUGACUGUGAUCCUCUCAACUCUGCCUCCCUAAGGAUGUUUUAAAUUAACCCCUUGGUUUUCCAGCAGAUGAAAUAAUCCGAAGUGAAAUGACUGGGUUAAAGUAAACAGCGGUGUGGUGCUUCAGACUGUCCACAGUAGAGUCCACUGCCCCCUUGCCUGGUGCUCAUCCCACUACCUCUCACACUUCACAACAGUCUCCUUGACAAUGGAGGGCCAUGAAUGUCUCUCUCCAGGCUGAUGGUCCCAGCAUGAAGCUGAGACACCAGCCCCUGAAAGAGCAGAAAGAGAAGCUUGUCUUGCCACUUCAUAGUAAGGGACCUAGGGGAAGGACCAGUGAACACACUGCAGGCUGCAUGCAUGCAUCAGUCCUUGGAGUGAGUGCCACAUCUUCAAUGUUCCACUGUCACCUUCAGUAUUGAGAAUUGGUUCCCCUCAGGAAAGAAACUUGCUAGACUUUUACAUUUACACCUCUGCCUCAUCUACUAGGAACCCCAGAGAAGUUAGAGAGAGAGAGCUCCUCUGAAACUUUGGACCUCUGAUGCUCAGAAGGAAGGUGGUUUUAACCCAGAAGCAUGAGUAAUCUAUAAACUGGAAAAUGUUCUUGGGGAAUCAGGCCAAGAGAGAGGGCCUGGGUCAACUAAUUGUUAUCAAGUUAAAGUGAAAAACAGUAGCUGCUAUUUUCAGUUUUUGUCUUCUCUUUGCAGUUUUGCUAUUUUCUUUUGGCUUAGAAUGUAAAACCAGUUGCUCAGAAUUGUCAAUAAAUAUUUAUCUUUUUGCCCAUGAAAUA